AUGUCUUUCGACAUGCUUAGACGGCACGACGGUCCCGAACAUCCUACCUUACAAGAGCUGCCCAAACUUACUGUCACAUUGCACUUGUUGUUACCGACGGACCUCAACCUCGCCGUCUCCGGUCCAUCCACUGUCAAGUUCAACCUUACUGUCACAGUUAAGCGGUUCAACCUCACUGUCACAAUCCUAGCCUUCGACCUCAGCACCGCCGUCUACGAUCUCGACCGCACCGCCGCCGUCCAGCGACUCGACUUUACGGUCUCGAUCGGUCGAUCCUACCACACUGCUUCAUACAGCAUCUCCGCUCUGUCAAGUGCUACCAUACCGCAGGUUCCAUGCCACAAGCAAAAGCGCGAGCAAAAGCACGAGCAAAAGCACGAGCACAACCCGACUUCACCGACUAUCCUUUACCUCCACGAGCACAAUCCCACCAAAGCGACCACCCUCACUAAACUUCCGGGUCCAGUCGAGCACAAUUGCACUUCGCCGACUACCCUUCAUCUCCACGAGAGAUUCUACCUUAUCGGCCACCCUUCACCACACGAGCACAAGCACCCGCAGACCUUUACCGACGCGACCACACGAGCAAAAGCACGAGGACAAUCCGACCUCGCCGACUACACUUCACCUCCACGAGCACGAUCCUACCGAAGCGACCACCUUCACGCAACACCAGAACAUCUUGGUCAUACUAUCCUCGACCAUACCGUCCUCGACCAUACUGUCCUCCUCGACCAUACUGUCCUCCUCGACCAUACCAUCCUCGAUCCCGUCUCUACAGCGAUCGUCACACACUACGUCUUACCUCUUUUUACCUCGCUGGAGCGUCUCCGUCGUCUCGGCAUUCCACCUUACUGUCUCUACGAGCACGAUCCUGCCUGGCUAACCAUGUCGUGUCUUCACGAGCGCGAUGCUACACUAAUCAUCCUUCGCCUCUGCAUUCGCAAGCACGAACGCAGCAACACGAGCACGAGCACGAUCCUAUUCCUACAUUACCAACCACCGUCCAUUGCGUCCUUAAGCAUACCUGACCAACCUUUCCGGCCACAAGCACGACCCGACCUCGCCGACACACAAGCACGAUAA